CCCGCAUAAUGAUAACAGAAGUGUUGUCGCCAAGACGUGGAGAUUUGAAGAAACAUUGAAAUGGGAUGAGAAACACGAAAAAUAAAACGUGUGUGUGUGUGUGUGUGUGUGUGUGUGUGUGGGAAAGUGUGGAGGCACACUGGCACAGCAGGACCAGCAGUAGUGGUGGUGGCGGUGGAGGGGCAGGACAGCUGGAGCCUGGGAUGGAGGUGGUGUCUGGCAAUGUUUACAGUUGAUAGUGAGCGAGAGGAAGAGAAGGGGACAGAGACUGAUCGCCGGCACCGCGACGCAGAAACGAUGUUCCUGUUCUUGGUGGAGUGACGUCACGAGGAAGUGCAGGAAGUGAACUGAGAGGAAAAACAGAAGAGAAUGUGUAGUCAAGAAAAAAAUUCCAUACGUGGUGUGGUUCAGUGAGGGAACACGAGAUGUGCCACGGCUGAGAGGAGGAUAUCAGGAACUGCAAGGCGAUGACUAGCUGAGCUGAAUCAGGAAUGUUUGCUGACCGAGCAUGGUGUUAUUGAUUGCCACCACCAGGACGAGAGGGUGGCCAGCAACACACGCACACAUUCAUUCAUUUCCUGCGUCACGCUAGAAAGUUAAAUUAUGGAGGGUACUGGCUUCGCGUCCAAGAUGUUUCUGUGUGGCGGCGGCAAACUGAAUCUCAGUCGAAAACAAAUAUUGUAAGCAAUACGUCAAGGACGGGGUUGAGGUUUACAGUUGUUGACAUUAUUAGUGGCUGAAAUAUUGUUAUACAUCCUCGAUACCAAAAUGGUGCUUUGGAGAGAGAAGAGCGUGAACAAUCACUCCCACAUCAAGUCAAGGAGGAAAUGGUUCGGUUGCAGGACAUACAGGCAUCACUCUGAUACAAGUAAAAGAUCGACAAGUAGACAGCCUGAGGAAAAAUGCAAUUCUCAGAUUGUGAAAACAAUGGAGGAAAGUGUGAGACUACAGAAGGAAAUCAGGAAAAUAGAGAAACAAAACUGUGCCCAGCAGAGGCGCCUUCAAGAACUUGAAAGACUAGUGAUGCAGCUCACACAAGGCAGGACCCCACAGGUUGUGCCAAGCAUUUCAGCAAACACCUCUGUCCUUACCCCAAACACUCCCAGGCUGGUGAGAGAAAAGCAAAAGAAAGAAAUGUUUCCAUCCUUGGCUCACUGUGAGAAAAUCUUUGAUUGUAGGACUGAGGAGGAAGAUGUAAUUCCAAGUGAUAUUGUAAGCCUCAUGGAAGAGUUUGAUAGAAAUGGUAUUGAAAAUGGUGUGUAUGGAGUGACUCCAUCUCACAGUGUGUCUGAUGCACAUGACACUGAUCUAGGGCAGGUGUCAGGAGUGACCAUGCCAAAUGAGGAUGUUUGCAAAAGCACCUCACUCGAAGCUGUCCAUUCAUCACCUCUGCCAAUUUUCAUCACACCAACCUACCAAGAUAACACUUCUGACAUUUACAGUAACAGAGAUGCUAAGGAGCCUCACCAGUUUCCUCAGCUAUGCUUUACAACUCCUGUCCUCCUCACCUUGGAUGCCUUGAAGGAAACAAAUAAAAAAUUAGAUGAGGUGGAUGGUAAUCAUGUGGACCAAGACUUUGACCACAGCAGAUGGAAUGUUGAUGUUUCCCCAGUACCCAUCAGGCCAUCAAAAGAAUGUUCAGGUGGCAGUGUACUGAGAAAAACUAAACCAUUCUCAAACCUUUUAACUUGGCUCCAACAAACCUCCAAGCCCAGUGCAACACAGCAUAGAGCCUCAGAGAAGGGACGUUGGCAUGCCACGUAUCAGCAUGGUUCAUCGGUCUGUAUGGAUCCACCAGGGAGUCAUAGCCCAGGCCAGGACAGUGUUACACAGCGUGUGCAUAGAUGGAGCCAGUCACUGAGGCUCCCCUUUCUUUCCCCGAUGCCAGAGAGUCUGUGUAGUGACAAGGAACCAAAUGCAUCAGAUGAAGAUUUCUUUACUGAGUUGACGUUCAGUCUAGCUGAGAAGGCAAAUGGAGAGACAUCAGAUGAGGAGGAGCUGGUGGUGGAUGAGGCAGUGUCACAUUCAGUGGCUGUGGGACGGCGGCAGCACCAAAGACGACAGCGGCAACGCAAUGAGUCCGUGUGUUCCUUUGCUGGCCCCUGUGUGGCUCCAGACCUGCUGCUGGCUCCAGAUAGCGGUGGGACUUGCAUCAGCCAGGUAAGGGAAGAGGACAUCAUGACAGAGAUUGCUGGGGAACUUGAUUGUUCCCUGCUGAUUGAAGAACCACAGGGACCACCACAAGUUAAGCAAGAGAAAGCAUUGAAAAAGGAUACAGAGGAGAGAAGGCAAAUGAAAGGAGGGAAAGGCAAGAGAGGACCAUCAACAACUGCAAAACAAGAAAUGGAAUGGGAUUUGGGUUCCUCAGAUGUGAAAAGGGAACCUUUUGAAGUGUUUAAGGAAUCUAUACAAGGUGUUGAAGACGUCGAGUCUGACAAAGUUGAAAGUCAAGCCAGUGAUAAAGAGCUCGAGACCCAACAAUCUUCUUCGGCAAGAGAGGGGAAGGACAUGAAGCUUCCAGCCGGCUCUGUUGUGUUGGCCAUGGUUGAUGAGGCAGGCUCCCUGGUGCCCCUUCCUCAGUUUAAAGUUGACCCUCAAGCCCUGACUGAUGCCCUUGACCACACCCCAGAGGAAGAUGUUGAUGUUGAAACUGUCUCAGAGAAAACUCCAGUUCUUGAGGCUGGUGAUCUGGCCAGCCUCCUUGCUCAGUUUGAGGCAUCAGAGGCUGUCAACACUCCGGGCAGUGACAGCCCUGGACCAGAGUGUGUGGCAGCUGGACCAAACAAGGAAACAGGAGUGACCACAGACAGCCUCCAGACCCCAAACACAGAGAUCUCACAACAUAAGAAGGCUUUGCAGGCCUCACCUACUCACCAGAACAUUAAGGAUGCACUUCCUAAGGAGAUAAUUGAAAAAAUAAAAGCAUCAACUAAGCGGAAAAGCACACAGAUGUUAUCAGAGCCAGUUGCAGUGCGCAAAGGAAGGGGAGCCAAGACAAAGGACAUGAACAGUUCCCAUCGCACCAAAGGGAGCCGAGCAGCGUCACAGCAGCCGCAGCUGCAGCCACCAGCAGGACCACAGCAGAGCCAAAAGGACCAGAGAGUGCCACCACCUUUGGACCAUGACUACUGCUGCUCUACUGACAAAACCAAGCGGGGUAAUCGAACGUCCUCGGAUCGUCUGUUUAACAAGUUGCCGGACUAUUACACCACAAUACCCAGGAAAGAUGGUGAUGUCAAGAAGUCUGGCACCUCCUCUGAUGAUGGGCAAGAUGAUGUAGGGAAGAAAGACAGUGGUGUGGAGUCUGGUGAUGUGAGUGAUGCCAGCGUGGAAACUGAAGAACGCAAGAAAGAAAGCAAAGAUUUCAAGAUGUCCCAGGAUCCUGCCAACACAUCAUGUGAAAGGAAAAAGGGAGAUAAUGUUGACAAGGCAGAUGUUUAUAACAAAUUGCCUGCUUAUGUAACUGAUAUCAGCAAUGUCAAGCCCAGGGAGGAGGAGGUGCAGGAGGAAGCAGGCGCUGAAGUGAAAGCUGAAGAGAAGGAGCCUGACAUCCAGAAGCAACAGGAGACCAAGAAGCACAAACGGAAACUGAAUCUCUCUGAGUACCGGCAGAGAAUUAAGAGUGCCCAGAGCAGCAGAUGUCCCUCUCCUGCUUCUUCUACCACCAGCACUGUUGCCAACAGUCCCCAGCAAGCCAUUGAGGGUGUUGAGGGAACACCAAUUCCCACUCAGACCAUGGCUGAGGAGCAGGAUGUCCAAGACCCACCUCAGGAACCCAAAAGUGCCUCCAAAGAGGAAAUGGAGGAAGGUGAGCUGGAGGGAGACUCUGAACCUGAGAUUCUGACCAGAGUGAAUCCUGGUGCCAUAAACAAUGAAGGUUCUCCAGAGAUAAUUCCUGUACAUCCAGACUCCAAAAUUAAGAAUGGUGAAAAUACACUAGGAAGCCUGGUGUUUUUCAAAAAUUCAUCCACCAAACCUGACACACACUGGAAAGUUGGAUCCCACCAAGGCUUGUCCUCCAGAAGAUGGUCAUCCUCCAGCAGAAGCAGAAGUAGAAGCAGGAGCAGGAGCAGAAGUAGGAGUAGAAGUAGAAGUCACAGCAGGAGUCCAGUCCUCAACAAGAAGAGACACUCUCACAGACACCACCGUUCCUCUCGCAGCAAGAGGAGGAAGAGCUACAGAGGAUCCCAUUCAUCACAGUCUCCCAGGCCGUGGAGGAGGUGGUCAAGGUCACGUUCUCGUUCUAGGUCAAGAGGCAGCUCUUCUUCCUCAUCCCACAGUCACAGUUACUCCAGCUCCAGAUCCAGAUCAAGAUCCCGCUCACGUUCCUGCUCUUCCAAGACCAGAGACAGGUGGGGUUACUGGCGCUGGGGCUCCAGCAGGAAGAGGCACUCGCCCAGUGGAUCACGAUCCGGCUCAUCUCACUACAGAGGUGGACGGUCACGAUCCCGGUCCCGGUCACCUCUCUGGAGGGGUGCAGGACGCUCCCACUCACCCUCCCGUACCCUUCCUGGCAGGCCCAGGAGGCCGGAGGAUGAGAACAGAGUGAAACAGGUGGAGGAACGGCGGGUAAUAUACAUUGGCCGCAUUUCUGAGGGGACCACCAAGGCAGAGUUGCGGGCACGUUUUGAGAAGUAUGGCACCAUUGUUGACAUUAGCGUCCACUUCAGGGAACACGGAGACAACUAUGGCUUUGUCACAUACAAAAACCGGGAUGAAGCAUACUGUGCAGUUGAACAUGGAAACGACGAUCCAAAACUUCCUCAUUACGACCUCUGCUUUGGGGGCCGACGAGCCUUCUGCAAGGUGUCCUACUCUGACCUGGAUGCCGAGCCUGCUGAAUCCUACGAUGGGGGACUAAUUGCUAGACAAGCCGACCCAUUAGAUUUUGACUCCCUCCUACGAGCAGCAAUGAAGAGAAAUAUCCGAUGACCUUGGUGCUGCAUAGUCUUUUUCUCUUUAGCGUUGAUGUUUAUUAGUUGACCAAUCACUUGUGUUCGUAGUACCUUUCGUCUCUCUCCCUUAGGGGUUUCUUUCCUGUAAUGCAGCAGUUUGUUAGAUAUCAAAGGACAUCUUCAUUUUAUGAAAAUUUCUUGCUUUGCUGGUAUCACUUCAUCUCAUGAUGAAGUGAUACCUUGAAGGUAAUCAAAUUCUAUGUAAAUUGUUUAAUAAUUCCGGUUGUCAUUAUCAUUCCGGUUGUCAUAAAUUAUCUUCAACCAAAGGUUUUUCCAAGAUUAUUGCAGCAAAUUUUCAUGUCUUCUUUCAAGUGGGGUGAACACCACAGACCCAGAAAGGUCUCAGUGUACAUAACCUUAAAGCUUUACAAUGAACAUUAUGGGAAUUAGGUAUUUGGUGUUGCUCAAAACUCUCUAAAGUAAUUUUUUGUAUUCAUAAGUAAUAAAGCACACUUUGUUCCAUUUGCAUCUUUGAAUUGUUUUGUGAGGCAAGAUGACUAACUAACUGCUACCUACCUAGAUAUUGUGAUAAAUUGUAUCUCUUCUGUCCAUCCUACAGGCUGAUUUCACAGAACAAUGACUAUAUUGUGCUUUUUUUCCAAUGGUGCUGUAAUUGGUGGGAUGUAUUUUGUAAGUAGGAAAAGAAAAAUGGCACAGUCAAUCUUUGACCCCUUGCAGCCCACACAUGUGUGAUGUGUAGAGUGAAUGGUAACAGUGUUAAUUUACACAUAUGUAAUACUUUCUUAACUGGCUGUAUUCAUCUGGAACAUUCAUAACCCAUCAAACAUUGUUAUGAGCAUAGGUGGGCAUUAUUGCGAUAAUGAUGUCAUGUUAUCAGUUAUCCAAUAAUUAUUUUUCCCAUGUUAUCAAUUCAUCAGUAUCGCCGAUAUCUUUGCUUCCAAACUAGCGAUAAUCGAUCAUUUAAGUUUUUGGAACAUGAGCAUGUUGAAGUUUUAAACUUUCAAAAUUAAAUGUAGUUAUUUUACUUAAAACAGUACUUUUAAUUAGUGAAACUAGCGAUAAUCGAUCAUUUAAGUUUUUGGAACAUGAGCAUGUUGAAGUUUUAUACUUUCAAAAUCAAAUGUAGUUAUUUUACUUAAAACAGUACUUUUUAAUUAGUGGAGGCAUGAUACAUUGAAUUUGAAUUUUUCUAAGAUAAAGAUAAGAUAAAGAUUGGAUUUAUUGACUUUUUAUUUCAAAUAUCAAUAUUAUUAUUGCUAGUAUUGAAAUUUUGCAUUUAUCGGUUAUCAGGCAAUGAAUUUAUUGCCGAUAAGAUUAUCCUUUUGAUUUAUCAGUUAUCAUGAUAAAUUUUUUCGUUAUCACACCCAGCAAUGGUUAUGAGGUUGCUUUGAGACUGCAUUGGUCUGAAUACUGCAUUGCUUGGAAGUACUUUGAAUACACAAUUUACUAUAGUUGCCUUAGGCUAAGCUGAUCUGAAAACCACACCCCUGCCUCCUACCUUUCAGCAGGGCAACUGAAUGGUGUAUAGUGUUCUUGCCACUUAUCAGUUUUUUUAAACUACUUUCCACUGAACUGAUUUUCAAAAAUACCAAGAUGAAAACAUUUUUGGGAACAAAUGAACUACUUGCAUAAUUAAAUUUCCAUAUGAUCAUCUUUGCACACCAUGUAUUCAGUGAUGCAUGCUGAUAGUCAGUCGUUUUAUAUAUAGUCAUGUUUAAUAUAUAUAUAUAUAUAUAUAUAUAUAUAUAUA